AUGGUACCAACUGAAAAUGAAGAGCAGCCAACAGGACCUCAUUUAGAAAGAUCGUUGGCAAUAGAGGCAGCUCCUCCAGAAGAAGGAGACAAAGAUAUUGACAAACUAAUGAAAUCAUUAUUAUCCCAGCAUGUGAUUUACGAGGGGAUACGGCUUGAUGUUAGACCAAUCCUUUCAAGGAUUCCCUAUAGCUUCAAAUCAUGUUUGACUGUGACAGAUUAA